CACACACACGCACACACACCGCACACGAUUAGAGCAGCAGGUGUCAUUCCCCCCAAUGCUGUUGUUGUUGAUUACAGCAACCCCCUGAACUCCUCCUUCCAUCAUCUCUUCAUCGUCUCAACGCGACAAUGUCAGCGCCAAAGCAACCCAUCCUGCCCAUCAAGGGCAAGCGCAACAUCCUCAUCACGUCGGCGCUGCCGUAUGUGAACAACGUGCCUCAUCUCGGCAACAUCAUCGGCUGUGUCCUCUCUGCCGACGUGUUCGCCAGGUUCUGCCGCCUUCGCGAUUACAACACCCUCUUCAUCUGCGGCACGGACGAGUACGGCACCGCCACGGAGACCAAGGCCAUCGCCGAGGGCCUGGAGCCAAAGCAGAUUUGCGACAAGUACCACGCCAUCCACAAGGAGGUGUACGACUGGUUCAACAUCUCGUUUGACUACUUUGGCCGCACGUCCACGGAGAAGCAGACAGAGGUCACCCAGGAGAUUUUCUGGGCGUGCCACAAGAACGGCUUCAUCACCCAGAAGGAUGAGGAGCAGUGGUACUGCGAGAGCUGCGAUAGCUUCCUUGCCGACCGCUUCGUCGAGGGAACAUGCCCCGACUGCGGAUACACGGACGCGCGAGGUGACCAGUGCGACGAGUGCGGGCACCCGCUCCACGCACACCAGCUCAAGGAUCCACGGUGCAAGUACCGCAAGGACUGCGGCAAGACGCCACAGCUGCGCACAUCCACCCACCUCUACCUCUGCCUCGACAAGCUGCAGCCAGAGAUGCAGGCAUACUUUGCCCAGGCCGUCGAAAAGGGGGUGUGGUCGGCCAACGCACAGGACAUUACGCAAUCGUGGUUUGACCGGGGACUGGAGCCGCGCGCCAUCACCCGCGACCUCAAGUGGGGGACGCCGGUUCCACUCGAAGGGUUCACAGACAAGGUGUUCUAUGUGUGGUUUGACGCGACGAUUGGGUACAUCUCCAUCACCGCCAACUACACGGACGAGUGGCAGCAGUGGUGGCGCAACCCGGACGACGUCCAGCUUUACCAGUUCAUGGCAAAGGACAAUGUGCUUUUCCACUCGAUCAUCUUCCCAUCGUCGCUGAUUGGCACGCGGGAGACGUGGACCAAGGUGAACCACCUCAGCGCCACAGAGUACCUCAACUACGAGGACCGCCAGUUCUCAAAGAGCCGUGGGGUGGGCGUGUUUGGCAACAAUGCGCAGGAGAGCGGCAUCCCGGCCGAUGUCUACCGCUUCUAUCUCCUCUACAUUCGACCGGAGACCGCAGACACGCACUUCGACUGGGCGGAUCUGAUUGCAAAGCACAACAACGAGCUGCUGAACAACCUGGGUAACUUUGUCCACCGCGCCCUCACCUUCAGCGCAAAGUUCUUCGACUCAAAGAUGACCCAAGUGGUUCUCACGGACGAGGACAAGGAGUCCAUCGCCGCCAUCAACGAGGAGGUCGGUCAGCAGGCGAAGGCUCUGCGUGAUCUCCGCGUCGCCAACGCAAGCGAAGAAGACUGCGCCCCAGCAGAGACAAAACUUGCUGAGCUCAAGGAGCAGCUCGCCUCCCUCAAGCUCAAGAUUGAGGAGGAAGAGAAGGCCGAAGGCGACAACUGAGCACCAGCAGAACUGUGUGAGUGUGAGUGCGUGUGUCGCAGCCGCCCUCAUACCCACCCCUGUCACCCUUCUCUCUACAGUGUGUUGCUUGUUGAGUGUGUCGAGCGUAUUUGUAACACACCUCUUUUAUGUGUGCGUCUGCGUGCCUUUGUAUGUCCGCCAUCAUGGCAAAAUUAGAAGCGUGCUUUUGACGUUGUUGGUAUCUACGAUUUCAUUCAUUGUGAAAGGCGAAGC